GGCCGCAGAUUGUAGUGAGUGUGUAUGGACCUGACUUUUUUGGAAACGACGUGGUCAGAGGGUACGGAGCUGUUCAUGUUCCCUUCACGCCUGGAAGGCACACAAGAACCAUCGCUAUGUUUGUUCCAGAGUCCACAUCCAAGCUGCAGAAGUUUACAAGUUGGUUCACAGGGAAACGGCCGGAAUUUACCGACCCCAGAGUGGUAGCACAGGGAGAAGGAAGAGAAGUCACGAGGGUGCGAUCUCAAGGCUUUGUGACCAUUUCCUUCAACGUAGUGACCAAAGACAUGAAGAAGCUGGGCUACGACGUGAGCCCGAGCGACAUGCAGGAGCCUUCUCUGGCGCCUCUUACAGCGGGGAUUCAUAACUACUGA